AUGGGCAGGACCUACUUUGUGGAGGAAGCAAUCGGGCAGUAUCUGUCAGAGCUCAGCACAAAAGGAAAGCCCUAUGUGACUGGGCUGCUGAUAGGGCAGUGUUCCUUGCAGCGAGACUACAUCAUCCGGGCUGUGCGCACCCCUUCCAGGGACCUACAGCAGGAGGGGAGCAGCAGCCCCCCAAACCUGGCAUCCCUGGAUGAGGAGUGGAUCACCACACAUGCCAGCCAGGUGUCCAGAAUGCUCCCUGGGGGGUUGCUGGUUCUCGGGGUGUUCCUCAUUGCCACUCCAGACCUGGCCAAGGACAGCCAGAGUGCUCUGCGCAAGGUAAUCUUCUCAGUGGAAAAGUCUUUGAGUAAAAGAAGGCUCUGGAAACCUGCUGAGGAGGAGGUCUCAGACAGAGCAGCUCUUCAAAUGUGUUCUGUCACAAAGAAAGUAGUCUGCCGAACCUACGACAUACAGGAUCCCAAGAGUUCAGCUAAACCAGCAGACUGGAAAUACCAGAGUGCUCUUUCUGCCUCCUGGUUAGCUUUGAGCUGCACAGUAAAUGUCAAUAUUCACAUUCCACUUCUUGCUACUUCCCUGAACCACGACCUGGAGAAGAACACCAAGAAUGGGUUAAACCGAUGGUCUAAACAGAUAGAAGACAGUGUUUUUCUGAUCAAUGGGCAAGUCAAAGAUGAUGAUACAGAGUUACUGGAAGGGCAGAAAAAGUUGAAAGGAAACACUCCGUCCAGCCCUCAGUUUUGUGAUGUCAAAGUUCUGACGCAGCUGUGCCAGGGCUCGGGUCAGAGAUCGACGGCCACGGUGCAGGUGUGCUGCGGCUCCAUCAACCUCCGCGGGGCUGUGAAGGGCAGAGCCUACGUCCACGGCAGCAAGCCCAGAGUCAGAGAGGCCAUUCAGGCUUUGAAGAGAGACAUCAUAAACACACUGAGUGAUCGGUGUGAAAUACUAUUUGAAGAUCUGAUUUUAAAUGAAGGACCUCACAAAAAGAGUUUUGAGAGGGAAUAUCAUGUCUUACCUCAGAGACUGUUUGUCCCUGUUGCUGGGUCCAGUGUGAUGCUCAGCGAUUAUAAGUUCGGUGAUGAGGCCACUGGGGAAAUUCAGGAACGGUUUGUUGAGCUGUUGGAUCAGCCUGUGCAAGCUGAAGAUAUCCACAUGGCAGAGGAAAUGAGCAUAGUUGAUGUCUGUCCAGUCCCUGACAACACUGAUGACGCACCACAGACACAGCUGACCAAGGCAACGCUGCUCUUGAAGCUUCAACAAAACAUGGGUGUGGUCAUCGCAGCUGCUGUUGCAGUCAUCGCGUCCAUCUUCUCCUUCAACUACUUCAGUGAUUAG